UGUUGGGAAGGGUUGGGACGCACGGGGUGAGCGCAAUUAUAAUCCUGCUGCUUUCAACAGUUGAUGUGAGACAGAAGGUGACAUUAUUUUUUCUCGGUAAAUAUCGACAAACUGACUCCUGACUGUUUGACGUUUACACUCGACGUAGUAGAAGCAAGGCGUUGUGCUAUUUCAAAGUUGCUCGUACCCGGCAUUCACGCAGCAUAGAAGAGGACGGAUCACAUUGUUAAUAACGUUAUCCACUCUGGAUCAAUAAUUUAUAUCCGGAUCCUCUCACCACUCACAGGCAUUCUAAAGAAAGGUGACUCACAGAAGACAACGUGACACAAGCCGUAGCUUUGUAAUCACAUGGAGAUGUUGUAAGAACAACGUGUACUAGUAUUGCAGACGUACUUUCCGGACAACUAAAACUAUAUCAUACACAGAACAGUUCACUCCGGACUUAAUGGGUUUCCAGAGUCGAAGAAGAUAAAGGUUGUACUUAGUGAAGCAAGAUGAAAUUUCGGACCAAAUGAUACGGGGUAAAUUGAUAUAUGGUUAUUUUACAAUCAUCCUACAAUCUGUACAGAUGUCCCUUGCUACAAUAUGUAUGCACAACUGAGAUGACCGCAAGCACUACGGCACGUUCAUUUUUCAGACACCGGAUCACGAAUAUUACACAGAUCAAUCUGGCGUUCAAAUGAAUUUGAAUUAGAUGUACUGCAUCACCAUUUGCAAUUAAAGAUUGACGUAAAAAAAAAAAAAAAAAAAAAACAACCAGUGAAGAAGAUACACAAAAAGGAGCCAACUGCUAGAUCGUUGUUUAAUAUGAAGAGAACUGCGUGCCUAAUCAAAAUUAAAAGGUGAGAAUUGCCAGUUUGCUAAGCAAAUCAACAGGUCUGAAGCCAAAACGGAUCGAGAAUAGCAAAGCUCAAACCGCAGGGGGAUGUAUCUUUCUGUUUUCCUUUUCCUACUGCUGUGGGCACAAGCCCUGACGUUGAAGAACUUGAAUUAUUCUGUUCCGGAAGAGCAGGGGCCAGGGACUGUGAUCGGGAACAUUGCCAAAGAUGCCAGACUUGGACCAGGAGAGCGGGGCAAAAAAUCCAACUUCAGGGUGUUGGAGAAUUCGGCCCCCCAUCUGAUUGACGUGGAUCCCGAAAGCGGACUGCUGUAUACUAAGCAGCGGAUCGAUAGGGAAGCACUCUGUCGGCGAAACCCCAAGUGCCAGCUCUCCAUGGAAGUGUUCGCAAACGAUAAAGAGAUAUGCAUGAUUAAGGUGGAAGUACUGGACAUAAACGACAAUCCACCAAGCUUUCCUUCUGAUCAGAUCGAUAUUGACAUUUCAGAGAAUGCAGCGGCUGGCACUCGGUUCCCUCUGGCGAGCGCACACGACCCUGAUGCUGGGGAAAAUGGGUUGAAAACAUACCAGAUCACGCGAGACGAUUACAAUAUAUUUUCUUUGGAUGUAAAAUCCAGAGGAGAUGGGACUAAGUUCCCGGAGUUAGUUGUUCAGAGACCCUUAGACAGAGAGGAAAGAAGUCGCCAUACCCUAAUACUAACAGCAACUGAUGGAGGGGAAUAUCCAAGAUCAGGAACAAUGCAAAUCAACGUGAAGGUUACUGACUCUAAUGACAAUAGCCCAAUGUUUGAACAGCCAUUCUAUGUCUUAGAGAUUCCUGAAAACUCACCCAUAGGGAAGGUGUUGAUAGAUCUAAAUGCAACUGACCUAGAUGAAGGAAACAAUGGACAGGUUGUGUAUUCCUUUGGGGGUUAUGCCCCAGAUAGAGUCAGAGAGUUGUUCUCUGUUGACCCUAGAACAGGUGUCAUAAAGAUUCAGGGAGAAAUUGACUAUGAGGAAAGCUCAGUUAUUGAGAUUGACGUUCAGGCGAAGGAUCUUGGGCCCAAUCCGAUUCCAGGCCAUUGCAAAGUCACUGUUAAGGUGGUUGACAGAAAUGACAACUGGCCAUCUAUAGGGUUUGUGUCUGUGCGGCAGGGGGCAGUUAGUGAGGCCGCUCCUCCAGGGACAGUCAUCGCAUUGGUCAGAGUCACUGACAAAGAUUCAGGGAGAAAUGGCCAACUCCAGUGCAGAGUAGUGGGCAAUGUGCCUUUUAAACUGGAGGAAAACUAUGACAAUUUCUACACUGUAGUGACAGACAGACCUUUGGACAGGGAGGUGCAGGAUGAGUACAAUGUGACAAUAGUGGCCAAAGACAAUGGCAUUCCCCCUUUAAAUUCAACCAAAUCAUUUACAGUUAAAAUAUUGGAUGAAAAUGACAAUGCUCCUCGGUUUACCAAAACAGUUUACCUCCUGCAGGUGCCUGAGAACAAUAUCCCAGGGGAAUAUCUAGGGUCUGUUCUAGCCCAUGAUCCGGAUUUGGGUCAAAACGGAACUGUCUCUUAUUCCAUAUUGCCAUCGAAUGUUGGUGACGUGUCUAUCUACACCUAUGUGUCUGUCAAUCCCACAAAUGGUGCCAUAUAUGCCCUGAGAUCAUUUAAUUAUGAACAGACAAAGUACUUUGAGUUUAAGGUGCUGGCUAAAGAUUCAGGUUCCCCUCACCUGGAGAGCAAUGCUACUGUUAGGGUGAGCAUACUGGAUGUAAAUGACAAUGCACCUGUCAUUGUGCUGCCCCUUUUGCAAAAUGACACAGCUGAAAUCCAUGUCCCCAGGAAUGUGGGUGUGGGGCACAUUGUGACCACGGUGAGGGCGGUGGACAAUGACUACGGAGAGAGCGGUCGCUUAACCUAUGAGAUCUCCGAUGGGAACGAAGACCAUCUGUUUGAGAUAGACCCGGUCACCGGGGAGGUUAGGACCUCCCAUCCCUCCUGGGAAGAUGUGGCCCCAGUCGUGGAGCUUAUCAUUAAGGUGACCGAUCACGGGAAGCCCACCCUUUCGGCCGCGGCUAAGCUGAUCAUUAAAGCCUACACGGGACCCCUGCCGGAAGGGGAGCCCAGGAUCAACGAGGAGCAGCACAACUGGGACGUGUCACUUCCCCUAAUUGUCACCCUAAGCAUCAUCUCUAUCAUGCUCCUGGCCGCCAUGGUCACCAUCGCCGUCAAGUGCAAGCGGGAGAACAAGGAGAUCAGGACUUACAACUGCCGGAUCGCGGAGUACUCGCACCCGCAGCUGGGCAAGGGCAAGAAGAAGAAGAUCAACAAGAACGACAUCAUGCUGGUGCAGAGCGAGGUGGAGGAGCGGGAUGCCAUGAAUGUGAUGAACGUGGUGAGCAGCCCCUCGCUCGCCACCUCCCCCAUGUAUUUCCACUACCAGACGCGCCUGCCUCUCAGCUCGCCCAGGUCGGAGGUCAUGUACCUCAAGCCCUCCGCCAACAACCUGACAGUCCCGCAAGGACACGUCGGCUGUCACACCAGCUUCACAGGUCCCAUGACUAAUACCACCGAGACUCCGGUUAAUAGGAUGUCGAUAAUUCAGACAGACAAUUUUCCUGCAGAGUCCAAUUACAUGGGCAGCAGGCAGCAGUUUGUUCAAAGCAACUCUACUUUUAAGGACCCAGAGCGAGCUAGUCUCAGAGACAGUGGGCAUGGUGACAGCGACCAGGCCGACAGUGACCAGGACACUAACAAAGGAUCCUGUUGUGAUAUGUCUGCCAAGGAGGCCCUCAAGCUGAAAGCAACGUCAUCUAAACCCCAACCUCUUGAGCAGGAACAAGAAGAGUGUGUUAAUUGCACAGACGAAUGCCGAGUGCUAGGACAUUCCGACAGGUGCUGGAUGCCCCAGUUCGCAGGAGGAAACCAGGCAGAAGGUAUAGACUACCGUACCAAUGUUUUCGUACCAGCAGGGAUGGAGGCCAUGGUGGAGACAGAGGCUUAUGAGACAAUUAACCCCAAUGGGAAAAAGACUUUCUGUACUUUCGGGAAGGAAAGGCGGGACCACGCCAUCUUGGUAGCCAAUGUCAAACCUUACUUAAAAACCAAACGCGCUCUGAGCCCCCUGCUGCAGGAGGUUCCCUCAGCAUCCAGCAGCCCCACCAAAAUGUGCAUGUCCCCCAGCAAAGGACCCUCCGAGGGGGCCGAGGGCAAAUCGACAAGCAGCCAUUAUGGAUCUCCUGACGGCCAGUGUCUUUCACCAAAUAAACAGCUGAAAGAGUCCCCCUACCUGACGCCCAACCCCGUGGCCAAGGCUCUGACGGAUGUCCAAUCACGGCUUACCCAGGACCACGACUGCGAGAUUAGCUAUGGGCUGGAACCGAUGGACCAGGGCAACCGUGAGCUUCAAAGGGAGGGCGUGGAGGCCAAUCGAGUGAUUAGGGAUAUUGACAAGCUUUUGCAGGACUGCCGGGGGAGCGAAGCCACAGCAAUCAGGAAGUAAAGCCAGCAAACUAACACAAACACAUGUGCCAGGGAUCAAAACCCAGCUAAAGGAACAAAGUAUGAUCAAAAAAAACAACAAUGCUGUCAGACAUUCGGAUUCUUUGAGAACUGCAGAAAAUGCUGCCUCUGACUUCUUGUAAGCAUCUCAAGUGCCCACCAGCUCACAACUGUAUCACUACACUCUGUUCCUCAGCAGGAACCUGCAAAGAUGGAGAGGGUGUGGGAACACCCAUGAUGAGAGGAAAAGUGAUAUAUUAUGACAAUCGGUGUAUUAUGACAAGUGGAUGCAUUCCUGAUCCAUGCUGUCUGACUAAA